AUGGUCGAUAAAGAUGGCGAAGUUACGGCCUCGGCUUCUGAGGCCGGAGAGUGGCAAGAUGGAGAGAGCAAUCUUGAUUCCGCCCUGGCCAAGAGAGUGUUGAGGAAAAUCGACAUGCGCUUGAUUCCACUCUUGUUCGUCACUUACAACCUGAACUUCAUGGACAAAACAAUCCUCUCCAGCGCAUCCGUAUUCGGCUUGAAAGAUUCCACGAAUCUCCACGGCACGCAGUAUAGCUGGGUAUCCUCGGUUUUUUAUUUUGGCUACCUCUUUUGGUCGUAUCCGACCUCUAUCCUCAUUCAGCGUCUUCCUGUCGGGAAGUAUGUGGCCAUCAACACCUUCUUCUGGGGAGUAGUGGUAGCCCUUACCGCCGCCUGCACAAACUACGGAGGCCUGAUCGCCGUCCGCUUCCUUCUCGGCGUAGCAGAGGCCACCAUCUCCCCGGCCUUCCUCUACAUCACCUCGUCAUGGUUUACCAGAGCUGAGAUCCCCACGCGCGUCGGCAUCUGGUUCGCUGGCAACUCACUGGGCGGCGUGUUCGCCAGCUUCAUCGCCUACGGAAUCGGCCACAUCUCGCACUCAAUCCAGCCAUGGCAAUGGCUCUUCAUCGUCCUCGGAGUUGCCACCUUCGUCUGGGGCGUGCCGCUGUUCUUCCUGCUACCGGACUCCAUCUCCUCGGCCACCUUCCUCACCGCCGAAGAGAAGCGCUGCGCGGAGCAGCGCGUCGCCGUAGCCGGCACAGGCAAAGCCAAGCACACCUGGCAACCGUCGCAGCUGCGCGAGUGCCUCCUCGACCCCAAAACCUACUUCUUCUUCGCCAUCUCGCUGCUGACGCAAAUCCCCAACGGCGGGACGCAAAACUUCGGCAACCUCGUGCUCAAAGGCUUCGGCUUCACGUCGCUCCAGACGACGCUCGUCACGCUGCCGUCCUCGUUCAUCGCCUUCUUCACCAUCAUGGGCACCGGCCGCCUCGCCGGCCGCUUCGCCAACAUCGCCACCUUCCUGAUCGUCGCCGUCGUGCUGUGCCCCGUCGCGGGGUCCGCCAUCAUCUACGCCACCGCCGUGCCGCGCGGCGUCAAGCUGUUCGGCUACUACCUGCUGUCGACCGGCCCCGGCGCCGUGCCGCUCGCCAUGAGCUUGGUCGGCGUCAACUACAAGGGCAGCACGAAGAAGAUGAGCAUGACGGCCAUUCUCUUCUGCGCGUACUGCGCCGGUAACAUUGCCGGCCCACAGUUCUUCGUGGAAAGCGAGGCUCCGCAUUAUCCGACGGCGUUCAGGGCGAUUAUGAUUUGCUACGCGUUGGUGGUGGGCGUGGCGAUGGGGUUGAGGACGUAUUUGAUUUGGGAAAAUAAAAGGAGAGACCAGAAGGAAGGGGUGGUGAGCGGCGAUGGAGGGGCCGGGGAGGUGGUGGAUGUGGAAGGGGAGAGUGAGGAGCUGACGGAUUGGUCGACCAAGGGAUUCAGGUACAGGAUGUGA